CGAAACGAGAGUGCAACAUUUUGAUUCUUGGCGAAACGGGGGUCGGAAAAUCGACCUUUAUUAACGCAUUUUCUAAUUACAUCAAUUUCCCAACGCUCGAUCACGCAAUGAAUUCCAAGAAAAUCCAUGCAUUAAUUCCAUCGAGAUUUACAAUAACGGACGCAUCGUUUAAGUCGAGAAAGAUCGAAUUUGGCAGCGACAAAAACGAGUCGUUUAAAAGCGGGCAAUCAUCCACUCAAAAUUGCCGCUCUUAUUCAUUCGAAACUGACGACUUAAUCAUUCGAUUAAUUGACACCCCAGGUGUUGGAGACACGCGAGGUGUUACUAAAGAUGAAGAAAAUUUCGAGAAUUUACUAGUGUAUUUAGGGGAAUUCACCGAGAUUAACGCGAUUGUUAUCAUGUUAAAACCGAACGAUUCAAGAUUAACCGUUCUUUUCGAAUAUUGUAUUAAGCAGUUAUUAUCUUCGUUAGAAAGGAGUGCUAUUGAUAAUAUCGUGUUUUUAUUUGCGAAUGCAAGAGCCACUUUUUAUAACCCUGGAGAUACCGUCGAACCUUUACAAGAACUUUUAAAAGAAAUUAAAGAAACCCCCCCGAACAUGGAGAUACCGUUCAAACAAGAAAACACAUUUUGUUUGGAUAACGAAGCUUUUCGUUAUUUAUUAGCAAAGAGGGAGGGGUUGGAUUUCGCAGAUCAUAUUAAACAAUCAUUCGCUAAUAGCUGGGAUAAUUCCGUAAUGGCAACAAAGCGAUUUUUAAAAUACGUUUCAAAAUUAACUCCUCAUAAGAUACAAAAUACGAUUUCUGUUAUGGAAGCGCGAAGAUCCAUCGAGAGGCUAAGAAAACCGUUGGGUGAGAUUGCGGUUUUAAUCGAAAACAAUUUGAGCCGAAUUAAUCGUUUAGAAACAAAUCUAAACGACACAACGAAAAGCAUCGACGAUUUAAAACCAUUCUUAUUCGUUCCAAGAAUAAAUUUGAAACUUAAAGAAUGCCCUUCCCCAAUAACCGUUUGCACGAACGCAAAAUGCACGGAAGCUCACAUAAUAAGCGACGUCACUUCUUAUCAUUACAAACAAAUUUGCCACGAUGAAUGUUAUCUGGAAGGGGUGCCGAAAAACGUUACCGGAGAUCCGCGUUUGCAAGAUUGCGCAAUAAUGGUGUAUAAAGACAACAAAUGGGUUUGUAAGUGGAAGAAAUGUGGGCAUAAUUACCUCGAACAUAUGCACGUUUAUUAUUUAACAGAACCCUACGAGGAGAAAAUCAAAGAUUUACAAAUACAAACGAAGUUAACAACGAAAGAAGCCGAGAGAGAUCUAAUCCAAAAAGAAUUGAAACGAUACCAAGUCGAAAAAGAAGAAUUUGAGGCAGAAAAAGAUAUCAUUCAAAAAGCCGUGGCUAAAUUCGCCCAUUUUUUAAGCAACAGCGUUAUAAUCCCCUACAACGAUGCUUAUAAAGAGUAUUUGCACUACUUAAUCGAAAAAGAAAAAAAACUUGGUGAUCUAUCGAAACGAGAUGUAAUUCAAAACUACGAAGAAUUAAUAACACGAUAUGAAAUGGAAAAAGAAGUGUUGAUGGAAGAAUUGAGGAAGGUACAAGUUUACGAUAGUAGUGUGAGGAGUGUCGUGAAAGCACCGGAAAUAAUGAAUAUUGUAAAAAAAUUGUAUGAUUUGAAAUUUUCUGGGAAAAUGAUUAAACAGAUGUACGAAGCGCAACGAAAACAUGUCGAAAAUGAAAUUGUUAAAAGUACCGAAAAAGUUGUCAAGCCGAUUGAAGUUAAAAAUAGUGAUGGAACUGUAAUCACAAAUUAUUUUAAGUACGUGGUUGGAUCGAUUUUGAAAUCGAAUUAGUUCAAAUUGAUGAAUACGAAAGUUUUGUUUAAUUUUUAACAAAUUAAAAUUUGUGUAAUAAAACAUAACUAUUUUUAUAUGAUAUCAUAAUCUAGGAUAUUUCACCUUCAAUUUGUGAUAUAAAUCAUUUCUCAACUCUCAAAAAUAAAAAAACAAACAGUUUUUUAAAUUUC